UGACUCAUGGAGAGUACUGUUUCUCGUUGAUCUAGCUACCGACUUGGAUGGCCACAUUCAAGGAUGUGGUUGCACGAGCAAGCUGGCCACGUUGUGGUUGUGUCUUUCGCCAGUCGCGUCAGGAAGGGAAAGAUCAGCGCUUCUGUCAGCCCAGUCACCUCCAUCCUACCCAUCUUUUUCCUUUUCACCUUUCUCUGAUUCCUCAACAGCGCAGGGACAAUGAGGCGUUGGAAAGUGCCUUUAGGGCGGCGUAAGAGGCAGAAGAGUUAAGAUUCAGCGAGUACCCGUAAAGUGACAGUGCUGAGGAUCUCAGCAAGCAGCAAUCGGACGUCGAGGAGAGGGUGCCGAUGAUAGAUGACGUGAAUGAUGUCAAUGAGCGACCAUUCGCGAUGAUCUCGAACUGAACCGGACUCCCAUCACGACAAGGGCGAAAGGCCGGCAACCUCGUCCUUGUGGAUGACGGAUGAAAUCAAUAGCAUUCUGACAUCUCUCUCAGGAGACCUUUUGGCUGUGAUGGGGUUUGUCUUUUCAGCACUCGUCAAUAAUCGAAGGGCGAGGCUGAAAGGUGUCUACCUUGACAACAAGGACGAGUGUGGCCACGACUCUUCCGCGGCUUUCAAAAUCUGUCUCGACAUCGUCGCCAUGGCGGGUUUGGAAAUGGAGGAUUUCAACAUUUCUACGGCCUCCGCACCUAUCUGAUCAUUUCGAUCAUCUCUCCAUCAUCCGAAUCAUACGUCUUAGCGAUCCAUCUAUGCAUUGUUGGAUAGGGCGCGGAAAUAUUCACUCCUUCCCUUGGUACCGAACC